AUGAAUGAUCAUCUAUCUGUUGGUGAUCGUUGGCGUAUUGUCUCGUUAAAGUUCGAUCAAGGACUAAAUGCACACACGAUAGCUCAUCAUAUUCCCUGUCAUGUUUCAACAGUUUACAAUAUAAUCAAUUUAUAUCAAGAAACCAACGAUGUUAUCGAACGUGAUGGACGAGAUCGUCAUAUGCUGUUGAAUGAUAAUGAAAUUCAUACGUUAAGACAGGUGCUUUUUAGAUAUCCCAAUGAAACUUCGACAAGUAUUGCUAAUCGAUUUUUUGAACGAACUGGCCUUAAUGUUAAUCCUCGAACUAUUCGACGUUAUCGUUUAUCUUUGGGUUUUCAUCCAGUACAUCCACGAACUCAACCAAGAAUUAGUGCAACACGUGCACAACAAGGAUUAAAUUUCUGUUUAUCACACGCAUCUGAUCGAUGUCAUCAGGUCAUAUUCAGCGACGAAAAAGCAUUUGAAAUUGACGUUUCUGGUCUUGUUUAUUAUAUUCCAAACGGUCGUCGAAGACCAACACAUUUCCAAUCUCAGGUUCAACACCGUGUUGCUGUUUUUGGAGCAGUAUGGUAUGAUGGACGGUCAGAUUUAGUGGUUAUUCAUGAUUGUACUAAUACUACAACAUAUGUUCAAUACUUAGAAGCUGCACUGGAUGCACAUUUGAAUCGUUUAAGACAAUAUUAUUUCAUACAUGAUCGCCCGACAUGGGCACAUACUCGAUUGGCACAUGACUGGCUACGUAAUAAUCGUGUUAGAUGUACGGAUACCUAUCCACCAGUUAGUCCGGAUCUAAAUGCUGUUGAGAGUGUAUGGUCAUGGAUGAAUCGGUAUGUCCAAAGAAAUCAUCCACGCUCUCAACAGCAUUUAGAAAGAUUAGUUAAACAAGCAUGGAAUGCAAUUCCUCAAAAUGCUAUACGUGGAUAUAUUAAUCACAUAUCGACUAUUUGUAAUCAAAUCAUAUCUAAUAAUGGCUGGGAAAGUAUAGGUUGA